AUCUCCUUUGAGCAGCAAGUCUGUCAACGUGGCUACGCCAUCAACUCGUCCUUCGGUGCAGCUCGCGACCAACCGUCCCCCUCCGAUUCCCAGCUGGGACGCGUUCGCCAAACAGCCAGUACCUUCGGCCACUGUGAAGACAGGCAAUGGUGCUGCGACAGUGCAGACUCAGACGACGAAUCGCACCCACGCACACCCGGAAACCCUGGCUGUGACCAAGGAGCAGGAUGUCGACGCGACCAUGGAGCAGGAUGUCGACGCUCGUUCCGCCUUCGCCAACCAUGCAAAGUCGUUGCGGAAUGGUACAGAGGGAUCCAAAAUGCCGCCUCAUCUCAAAUACCAGGCCGCGGCAGCAGGGAUUCCGCAGAGAAAGACGCCUGUGCCUGCAGCGGCUGGCGGGGUUUUGUCCAAUUUGAACAACGUGCAUGUCGGGACUGCGGCGAGUCAAAUGUCCCCUUCACCUGCCAAAAGUGUCGCUGCCCCGAAAGUGGCCGAUGUGGUGCCCACCUCUCCCAGCAAGAAGAGGAAGACCGAGUCGCUGGAUGCGGUCGAGAAGCAGGUCGCCAUCAACAGCACUAGCACUACCGCCGUCGCCGCCGCCGCUUCCUCGUACGGAGGGUCGAAGACCAAUGGCGAAAUGAAUGACACCAAUGGCAUCAUUGCAGCAGUCCAACUGGAGCUGUCCGCCGUCACCAAACGCUUGACGACGUUGGAGCUCGAAUUCCAGAAGCAGGUCGAGACAUUGAUGCAAGCGGAGGAGCGUCGCGUGUUCCUUGGAACGAGCAGUGCGAAGGCACCAUUCGGGCUGGAAGUGAAGCUCUCAAACGGCAGCACCUGCGUCGUCCAAGCUCACCAGGAGCUCAAAGUGGCCGAUCUGGUGCGUCGCAUUCGAUGCAAGGCCAACCUCUCUCAUGAGGUGACGAAGAACCCCACGAUCAUUGUCAACGGUCAGGAAGUCGGACACGGCAUGAUGCUGGGUGAGGUUGGAGUGGGAUCAGACAAGCAGGUGAGUGUCGACUUCCGCUUCAGCGGAUGAGAGACAUUGGGUGAGGCAGAAUGGCAGAUCACCGUGGACUGGGUGACA